GCCGCUUCCUGCCGGCGCGGGGCGGGACCGGUGAGGCCGAACUCUGCCCGCCCCGCCCGGGUCCGCCAGCGGGGGCGGAGAGCCGCCGGCAGCGCGGGCCAUGGCGGGCCGGAACGCGGGCACCGAGCUGGAACUCGGCUGGAUCUCAAAAGUGCAUGUGAAUCGACCUGCAGUUGUGAGGCAUGCAGAACAAAUUAAAAAAUGGAGAACUGUGAAAGGUAAUUGGCAAGCUGCUUGGCUGCUGAAAGCUGUUACCUGCAUAGACCUUACCACGCUUUCAGGUGAUGAUACUCCUUCAAAUGUUCACAGAUUGUGCUUUAAAGCAAAGCAUCCCAUCAGAGAGGAUCUGCUGAAAGCCUUGGAUAUGCAUGAUAAAGGUAUUACUGUUGGAGCGGUUUGUGUAUAUCCUGCAAGAGUCGCCGAUGCUGUUAAUGCCCUAAAAGCUGCUGGUUGUAAUAUACCAGUAGCUUCAGUGGCUGCUGGAUUUCCAUCUGGACAAACUCCUCUAGAAACCAAACUGGCUGAAAUAAAGCUAGCUGUGGAAUAUGGUGCCAGAGAGAUUGACAUUGUCAUUAGCAGGAGCCUGGUGCUGACUGGCCAGUGGGAAGGUCUCUACGAGGAGAUCCGUCAGUGCCGUGAGGCCUGUGGAGAAGCUCAUAUGAAAACCAUCUUGGCAACAGGUGAACUGGGGUCCCUUGCUAACGUCUACAAAGCCAGUAUGAUAGCUAUGAUGGCAGGUUCUGAUUUUAUAAAGACGUCUACAGGAAAGGAGGUGGAAAACGCGACCUUUCCGGUUGGAGUAGUCAUGAUGCGAGCCAUUAAAGAAUUCUACUGGCGAACUGGCAACAAGGUUGGAUUUAAACCUGCUGGGGGCAUUCGGACAGCAAAAGACGCUAUUACUUGGCUGAUGCUGGUGAAGGAGGAACUGGGAGUGGAAUGGCUGACGCCAGAGCUCUUCCGCCUGGGUGCCAGUAGUUUGCUGGAAGACAUUGAGAAACAGAUUUUCUAUCACGUGACUGGCACUCAUGCACUUCAGCAUGACCUGGCAAUGGCUUAGACACAAAAUCAACUCAGGAUUACUUUUACAAAAGAGGUCUUUAAGCAAACAGCAUUCAGAAGUCUUCUGACAACCAAGUGCAUAUGACAGAAUUAAAGACCUAAUUCUCCCUUCUUCAUAUUUUAUAGUAUUUAAAAAUAUGCUCAAGUCUGCUGGUUGUACUUGAUCCAAAAGCAGGAAAAAAUGGUAAUUCUGAAAUAGUUAAAUAGUUAAUACUUACAGAUUUGCAAAGUUAAUCUUGCAAAGUCUUCCUCGGACCAGCCUGAAAAGCUUAUUAAUGGGAGCACUGAAAUACUAUGAAAAAGAUUUAGGUGGCCUGGUAACACUUUGCAGUCGCAGAAUAUGAAAUAUCUAUGGAAUAUUUCACAUUGCUAAUUAAGAACUACAGAUCUUGGAAUAGCUUUCCAUUCACCUCAGACAAAAUCUUCUGCCACAGAUGUGUUGCACUAUUAAUUGUUAUGUUGAUUCAGUUUCAAGCAUUGUAACCCGAGAAAAUGAAACUUGGCUAUUAUUUUCUUUUAUAAAAUGUCUCUGUAGCAAAAAAAAAAAAA